AUGGCGGAGGGCCUUAAGGAGAAGGCAGAGCAGAACUAUGUUAGGCUCUUUGGGGAAAACCUGGACUUAAAGAAGGAGCUGGCAAGAUGUCGGGAGGCCUUCCAGGAGCUUGAGGACUCGAUGGCUGAAGGUUCCGAGGAGGCGUGGAGGAUCUUCAAGGAGCAUGUCAGGGUUAUUACCGUUGACCUGGAUCUUUCUCCGCUGGAUCCCGACAAGAUCAUGGUUGAUGGGGCUAUUGUUUCUCCUCCCCAACCAGAGAUCGACUCCGACUUGAAGACGAGGGGACAAAGGAUAGUGGAGUCCCCUCCUCAGGGAGACGUGCCGAGUUCCUCUAGAGUUCCCCCUCAAGGUCCUGACCAGCCUACUCCAUCUUCCCCUAGUGCUGUUCUGACUUCUCUCCCUGUAGAUCCCUCUCCUGGUGGUGGUGACCUUCCUUCUGGCGAUGCUGAUCCUCCUCUACUUCUCCCGAACCGUGCCGCACAAACCCUCAUCCCCUCUCCCUCAAGCCCUUUUCCUUCUUCACUCCCCGAUUUCUCUGUAAUUUGGGACCAUUACCCUUGCAAAUCCUUCAAUUGUUUCCACCGCCAAAACCCUAACCUAGGCUUCAACCCUUCCUUCGAUUCGUCCAAGUUCACAACCUACAAGACCGAUCUCGAUCUCCCGAUCUCGCAGCUCUUCCAGAUCGCCAAGUCCACAAAGUCAGUCAUCCGGCUGGGCUUCGAUGUCGGUGGCGGCACUGGGUCAUUCGCCGCCACGACGAAGCUCCGCAACAUGACAGUUGUGACGACGACUAUGCGCAUGGGUGUGCCAUACAGCGAAGCGGUGGCGCUAAGGGGGCUUGUGCCACUUCACGUGCCGCUGCAGCAGCGGCUACCGGUGUUCGACGGAGUGGUCGACCUUGUGCGGUGCGGGUGUGCCGUGAACCGGUGGAUUCCAGUGACGAUGAUGGAGUUCUUGCUGUUUGAUGUGGAUAGGGUUUUGAGAGGUGGAGGGUACUUGUGGAUUGACAGAUUCUUCAGCAAAGGGGUGGACCUUGAAAAGCUGUAUGCGCCAUUGAUUGGAAAAUUAGGUUACAAAAAGGUGAAGUAG